CCCAGGCGUGGGCUGGGGCCGCGGGCAGAAGGGAUCAGAGGCUGGAAGUCUCGGACAUGCGGGGGCAACUGGGCUGGAGGCCCUCGGGGCGCUGGAGUCGGUUCCCCUGGGGGUCCUGAGGAGGCUGGGGUUCAGGGCUGGGUCCCCAGGGUGGCAGGGGUCAGUGGGACGGCGGUCCCGAAGGGGCAGGGGCCCGUGAGCCCCGGGGUGGGAUGCCUGCUGCUGUGCCCCUGGGCAGGGGAAACUGGGCGUCUCCGGCAGGGCACAGGGGACUGGGAGCCCCACGCAGGGGGACUGGGGUCGGUAGGAAUGAGCGGCAGGUGUAGGGCCUAGCCAAGGUGUAUCGUGCUAGUCCUGAUGCCCAGCGUGGCUCGAGGCCCUGGGUGGCUGUGCUGCUUCGAAAACUGGCCUCUGGUCACCUGCCCCAGCUAGGGGACAGGUGCUGUCCUGGCAUGGCCAUGCCCACUGCUGCUGCCAUCCCACGUGUUCAUCCAUUCCCAUGCCACGCUUCAUGGCUGCCACGGCAAUGCCAACCUAUGUUUUUGCUUUUUUUGGGCUUGGUAUGUGGCGUGGUUUAACAUAGCUUGGGCUUUAGUUCCUGGAACUGCCCUCCUGCCUGAUCCUCUCACCUUUUUCUUCAGCCAGGGUGGUGUGCUGCUAGAGACUAGGAUAAAGUCAGACACAAAGCAUCCACCUUCCAGACAGGUGGUGGGGGAGCAGGGCUCACGCCUGGGAGACAGGGCAGCAGUGAAACCUUGCAGGGUGUAUGACCACAGGCAGAUGGUGGCCCUGAUGGGCUGAAUUUGGGUCCGUAGUGCCAGUCUGUGUCACUUCCUGCAGCAAGAGCAUGUCCCCAGCAUGGAUGCUUGUGCUGGAGGGACUCUUAGGUGAGGUUGGUCAGGAAACUGGGUGAGCUUAGUGUAAAAGAUCUCUUUUUCUGGACAAUAGUGGAAUCAGUGCAGCAUCAAUCGUCAUCUGCAGGGAAGUGCCCUGGCCAGAGGUGAUGGGAUGGGGCUGGCAGGGGCUGCUGGGGGCUCUGCAUAGACACAUACCCUCUGCUCGCCCUGGGCAAUCCCUGCCACCUGCUGCCCUGGCUUGCAUCAUCUCAUGCACAAACUGCUGAAACCAGAGGUGGCAGUGGGUGGUGUGGGUGUCUUGUAUCUUCUUUGGCCGGGAGAUGUGACAUGGUCCUUGUAAUUUCCUCCCCAGUCUCUGGUGUCAGCUGUUUUGCCCGGGCUUUGUGCAAUUCUUUGGCUGCCCCACUCUGCCCCCUUGUUAUCACUGUCCUGCCCCCUGUUCCAUCCCCCCACCAGCCCUUGCCGUGGAGCUGCAGGGUGUGAGCACAAGCCACUGCAGGCUUUGGAGGCUGGGGUCCUGCAGGAGAGAGCGCAGCACUGAGGUUUGGUGAGAGAGUGAUGCGGCAUCUCUACUAGCCCUCAGAGGAGAGCUCUGUGGAGUGAACAGCACAUUGCUGAUUAGCACGUGGUGGGGGGAAUGCUGCUCUGGGGACCUGCACCCCCCGCAGCCAGCGCUCAGGGCUGGAAACUGUGGUGAGCCAGUGGAGCUGCCAUGUGUUGCCUUUCUCUAGUGACCUGUGGACCCCCAUGGGAGAGUGUGAGUGCUUUCGCAGGUGCGAUGCUGGUUAGAGUCCUGUCCAGUGCCAGGUGAUAAAUGGGUGCUGUGGCACCAGGGGAGAAGGAAGUGAUUCUGCUCCUGCCGGUCCUCUCACAGUCCCCACCUGGUGCUGCCCUUCACUGGCAUGUUUGCUCUGGUUGUGACUGUGCUCACUUUUCCCCUAGAUGUGUCCCUGCAGGCAACCAGAAUGUCCCAGCCUUUCCCCAUCGCCUCCACCCACGUGGCUGGCAGCAGGGCGGGAGCAGGAUACAGGCAGGAGCAGAGGGAGGUGGUGCUGAGCAGAGGGUAAAGUUUUGGAGAGGCAGCUUCCUGGGCAGGGCUGUGUUUAUGGAUCUGUGUGUAAAGGAAUGUACACUGGUGCUGGAAGAGGGAGUGGGACACAGUUUGCAGACUUCAGGGUUGGUCCUCGUGAGAUGCAUGCUUGUUUGCUCAUUGCCUCUUUGCCUGCCCCUUUCGUGCAGGAUUUGAGUCAGCUCCCUGGUCAGGAUGAGCUGGAGUUUCCUGACACGGCUCCUGGAGGAGAUCAACAACCACUCGACCUUCGUGGGCAAGAUCUGGCUGACUGUCCUCAUUGUGUUCCGCAUCGUGCUGACAGCCGUGGGGGGAGAGUCCAUCUACUACGACGAGCAGAGCAAGUUUGUCUGCAACACGCAGCAGCCGGGCUGUGAGAACGUCUGCUACGACGCCUUUGCCCCCCUGUCCCACGUCCGCUUCUGGAUCUUCCAGAUCAUCAUGGUGGCGACGCCAUCGGUGCUCUACCUGGGCUUUGCCAUGCACCGCAUCGCUCGCAUGCCUGAGUCCUCACGGCGCCGGUCACCGGCAGCCCGGCGGGCACGCAUGCCGGUGGUGCGCCGGGGAGCCGGGCGAGACUACGAGGAGGCAGAAGAUGACAACGAAGAAGACCCCAUGAUCUUUGAGGAGAUCGAGGUGGAGAAGGAGAAGAGCCCAGAGGGUGGAGAGAAGCAUGAUGGCCGGCGCCGCAUCAAGCAGGACGGGCUGAUGCGUGCCUAUGUCCUGCACUUGCUGUGCCGCUCAGUGCUGGAGAUGGUUUUCCUCUUCGGGCAGUACCUGCUGUACCGCUUCGAGGUGAGCCCCUCUUACGUCUGCAGCCGCAGCCCCUGCCCACACACUGUCGACUGCUUUGUGUCCCGCCCCACUGAGAAGACCAUCUUCCUCCUCAUCAUGUAUGCCGUCAGCGGGCUCUGCCUCUUCCUCAACCUCUGCGAGCUCUUGCACCUUGGUGUGGGGCGCAUCCGUGAUGCCCUGAGCCAGGCUGAUGGCCCCCCACUCCCAACAGGCGACAGCCCUGCACCACAAUACCCCAAGAAAGCCCCCAGCGCCCCCCCCACCUAUCACUCGCUGAAGAAGGAGCUGCCCCAAGCCCCGCUGACCAACGGCAAGCUGGACUACCGGGAGAGCCUGGCCCAGGGGCGCUUCGCCCUGGCUGGAGCUCCCCCGGUGCACGAGCUGGACCGGCUGCGUGAGCACCUGCGUCUGGCCCAGGAGCACCUGGAGGUGGCCUUCCACCUCCAGCCCCCGCCGCGGCCCCCCAGUCCUGCCCGCAGCAGCAGUCCCGAGGCCAACGGCAUCGCCGCCGAGCAGAACCGCCUCAACCUCGCCCAUGAGAAGGGAACCGCUGCCUGCGACAGGACCACGGGGCUGUGAGUGCUGCCAGGGACAACAGCGGUGUCUGCUGGAGUGGCUGCCACUGCCACCGUGGGAUAGGCGUCCUGCCAGGAGCACAGGGGAAAGGAUGCCACACACCUGCCCAGCGGGGCAGUCUGGGCAGCACUGUCUCAGUGGGCAGUGGAGGGAUCAGGGGCUGUUGGGUUCAUUCCUACUUAAUUUUCAAAAAAGGGAAUAUCUUAUUUUUGUACGUUUUUAUACUCAUCAACAUGUGCACCCUGGCAUUUUUAUACUCCAUCCCAAUCUCCACUCUGGGCCUGUCCCACCCCCCCAUCUCCUGUUUCACCCACUUUUCCUGUUCCCACACCCAUUUUCCCUAGCAUGUUGUCCUCACCCUUCCUUGUGCCCCUCAUGCCCUCUGCCACCACGGCAGCACCAGUGGGUGCUGUGCAUGUGCUGGUGAUUUUGGUACUGCCCCCUGAGGUGUGACAGAUGUAGGGGAGCAGGCUGGGAGUCUGGCUGGCCAGGCCAAGCUGUGGGACUCAGUGCUGGGCUGGCAUUACUCUUGGAGGGGGUGGGAGGGGUCCUGGUGGUGAUGUGCUGCCAGAAAGUAACUUUGUGGGCUGGGGGGCCAUGCUGCGCAGAGUCCUGGCACGGGGCUAUGAGUUGCGGGACUGGAAAUGUCUGUGCAGAGGUCAGGGGCUGUCGUUCCCACUGCCUCCGCCCUGUCCUGGCAGGCCGCCCUUGGACCAAAACUUGUCUCCUCCCACUCUGGCCGCAGGCUGGGACCCCUGCACGGAGCCAGACCCUGGCCUCACAGUGUGGGGACGUGGUGCCCCGAGCUGGGCUCGGCCGGGAGCCAGUGGAGCAUUCCUCAUCAUCUCAGCCUGGGUCACAUGGGGACUUUUGUAGCGUUGUUUUUUACUCGGAAAUGAUUGUCACUCUGUUUCAUUCUUUUUU